AUGUCUGCGAACCCUGAUUCCGUCGGUAACCAAGGCGAGUUCCGCUCAAGAGUGCCUCCCUCGAGGCCAAUGGAUACCCAUGGCCACCAAAUCGGUCAGCCCAUCGGUAGAGAAGCUAUCCCCGAGUUCCAUGCCAAAACCUACCCGCCCGGCUCGGCGCCCAAAGAGUCAACCUUCUAUCCCAACCCCAUCCAUGAGAUUCCCGGCCAAGCAAUGAACCCAAACAUGGACCCUUCGCUACGUACAAGUGCUCUCGACAUCCCUGGCGCCGACAGCAAAGAAAUCUACAAUGAGUCCGGUGCCGGUUCCCGCCCGAUCGAAGGCCAGACAGCCAACGAAAUUAGACACGAAAAGGCAAGAAAGACGGAUCGGUUGGGCAUCGCUGCUCAUGGUGGCACAGACACAACUGGCGAUGGUUCGAUCGAGGGGACUAUGAGAGAGAGGGGCAUGGAACUUCCGGGAGAUAAGGAGAGGAAGGUGCUUGGGAGGGGUAUUUCGGCCACGGAGAGAGAUGCGACAACAUCGGAGGAGAUUGGGUCUGGUGGGAGAGGCUAG